GUUAAAUAAUUGGUCAAAGUUGAUAUUUCCUGAUCCAGCCCAAAAAGUAUCAAAUUUCUAAACUACCCUUCACUGUAAACCUUCAACCAUAUAAUUGGGAAUUAGGGUUUUCAUUGCUCCUCACUACUGCAGUCCAGCUACAAAGCCAGCCGCCGUGUGCUCCAUCUUCCACCACCAGCAAACAUGGCAAGAGGACUGAAGAAACACUUGAAGAGGCUCAAUGCUCCUAGCCACUGGAUGUUGGACAAGCUUGGUGGUGCUUUUGCCCCCAAGCCGUCAUCUGGACCCCACAAGGCAAGGGAGUGCUUGCCUUUGAUUCUCAUUCUGCGAAACAGGCUGAAAUAUGCUCUUACUUACCGUGAAGUCAUUGCUAUUCUGAUGCAACGCCAUGUCCUUGUUGAUGGGAAGGUCAGGACUGAUAAGACAUACCCUGCUGGCUUUAUGGAUGUGGUUUCAAUUCCAAAAACCAAUGAACAUUUCCGUCUACUGUAUGAUACCAAAGGCCGGUUCCGUCUCCAUAUAAUUAGGGAUGAGGAGGCCAAGUUCAAGCUCUGCAAGGUCCGUACAGUCCAGUUUGGACAAAAAGGCAUUCCCUACCUCAACACCUAUGAUGGGAGGACCAUUCGCUACCCGGACCCACUCAUCAAAGCUAACGACACCAUAAAGAUCGACUUGGAGAGCAACAAGAUUGUCGAUUUCAUCAAAUUUGACGUUGGCAAUGUUGUUAUGGUCACUGGUGGCAGGAACAGGGGACGAGUUGGGGUUAUCAAGAACCGUGAGAAGCAUAAGGGUAGCUUUGAGACUGUCCAUAUUCAGGAUGCAACUGGGCACGAGUUUGCAACUCGUCUGGGCAAUGUGUUCACUAUUGGAAAGGGUACAAAGCCGUGGGUUUCCCUUCCCAAGGGCAAGGGUAUUAAGCUGUCCAUUAUCGAGGAGGCUAGGAAGAGGCUUGCAGCUCAGGGUGCAACAGCUUAGUAGUGCUUUUUUGUUGUUAUGGAUGGUUUAAAGUAAGUUUUGAAUUUGUUAUAAAACUGAGUUGUAUUUGUGUUUUGGAAGCUUGCUGAGAGUUUUUACUUGAAUGAACAAUUUUUUUAUUGCGUCUUAAUGCAUUAUGCGAAUUAAGGAAAUGAUUUUGGUGAGAAUGUGAUGUUCCCUUGAACUUUUGGAUAUUUUGAUGUUUUUUUUUUUGCCACAUUGAGUUUUGGAUUUUGACGUGACUUGAAGUUUUGGAUGGUUGAUGUAUUUGUAGCGUCAUGUUCAAACUUCUAAGUGGCCACACCGGGUUUUCUACUGCAAUGAGAUAAUUUGAGCAUG